AUGCCAACACAGUUCUCGCUCAAAGAAGCAAAGCAAAGGAGAAAGGCCCACAGACCAGAAGGUGUCCAGCGCUCUCCCCGGAAAAGCACCCCGAUCGCCGCAGAGAGCGAGGACUCCUUCGAUGACCUACCCGACCCAUCAAACGCUCCACAUAAGAGUGCGAGCGGCCGGGGAGACAAACGCAUGAAGUCCGACGCCACCUAUCGCCAAGUGACAGGGUUCUUUGGCUUAGUUGAGGGCACACUCGGCAAAGUCUUCGGAAUAGUGAGGGGAAUCUUGGGACCUGUGUUCUCCGUUGCGCUGCAAGUGGCAUUGGGGACGCUCAGUGCGUUUGUGCCAUAUAUCAUCGCCGCUGCCGUCGUCGGGCAUGGAGGUGCCUAUCUAUCCCCAAAGUUGUGUGCUACGCUUGCUGCUGAGGAACAGCAGAACCUACAAGAUACCGUGGAGUUGAUCACAAAAUCUACUUACGAGACGGUGGACCAAGGGCAACAGCUGGUCAUCCGAACCCACGGCCUGCCCGAGCCCAAAUCCCUCGCGUUGCGGUCCACCAACCUGCAUAGCCUCCAAUGGGCCGUCCUCUACCACACAAACUUCACCGACCGAGUCAAAGUCGCCGACGGACUCCGCGCAGCUUCACACGCCCUCGAAGGCACCGUCGACGCCCUCAUCGAGCUCAAAGGUGACGCCGAAUACGCGCUUCGGGAUAUGGUCGACCAGUUUGAGAGAAUUGAACGCGCCUUGGACGCUACUCUCCUUGGCCGGAAGUCGCUGAAAGAUCUGGAAGAUACGUUCGACGAUUCGUUGAAGAGUACGGACGAUAUGUUGGGCCGGUUACAGGUCGAUGCGGUCAACACCAGCCAGCUGGCGAAGAAGACAAAGUCCGAGGUUGAGCAAGUGAGGAGGGUCCUUUCCAUACAGAAGCGGGAUGUAGACCAACAGAGUGAAAAGAUCGCACCGCCGAUACUGGAUCUAUUCUGCGCCGAUUGCUUGAGCAAGGCUCAGAAGAGGCAGUUGAAGCAGGAUUUGGUCGUUUAUGAUGAAUGCAAUUCGGAGAUGAAAGGCCUGACCCAAGAUCUAGCUGGCCUGGGCGUCGAACUUGGCCAAUUCCGGCACAACGUCAAACUAGUCCGAAGCUCCUGGCGUCGAGUUGGCUACGUCCGCGGCGACGUGAAGGACCAAAUCGAGACACUAAGAGGCAAAGUCGAGCAACUGAAAGCCAUGAUGGAAGGCCGGAAAGCAGCUGAAGCCCUCAAGAUCGAGAUUGUGAAGAAGGUGCAGGUGUAG